AUGCAGCCACUUACGCUCAACGUGCUUGACCCCGAGGUCAGCUCCGAGUGCGGGAUCGACUUGCCUGUGUCGUGCCAGAACACGACUGUACAAUCGGAUUACUGCUGCUUCGAGGCGAACGGUCUGAUCCAGAUGGUGCAGCUGUGGGAUACCGAUCCUUCGACUGGCCCGGAGAAUAGUUGGACGAUCCACGGUCUCUGGCCGAACUACUGUGAUGGCUCCUACCCCGAGGACUGUGACUCCUCGCGCGACUACGACGAUAUCUCGACGCUUCUCGAGGAUCAGGGCGCGACCUCCACGUUGGAUUAUAUGAACACCUACUGGCUGAGCGACGAUGAGUCGAACGAGGACUUUUGGCAGCACGAAUGGGACACGCAUGGAACGUGCUAUACUACGCUACAGACAUCUUGCUUCCCAAGCGGAAGUCCCACUGGCAUUGAUGCUGUGACGUUCUUCGAGAGGGUUGUUAGCUUGUUCCAGAAUCUAACGACAUACACGUGGCUCGAGGAAGGUGGCGUCACGCCGUCCGAUUCCACGACCUACAGCCUCGAUGAUCUGCAGAGCGCCAUCCAGAGUGCUUAUGGAUACACGGCGUCUUUCGACUGCGAUGACGGCGAGCUAUACCAGAUAGAGUACUGGUUCAACCUGCAGGGCUCGUUGAUUGAUGGAGAAUUCAUUCCUAUCGACGCGUACGAAGCGGGCUCAUGCAAGAGGAGCGGCAUCCAAUACUUGGAAAAGUCGAAUAAUGAUGACGAUGGGGACGAUGACGAUGACGAUGACGACGGAAGCUACUCGACCAAUGGCCGGUAA